AUGAAUUCUACACAGGACACUACGGAAAUAGAAGCGUUUCUCGGACUAAGGACAGGUCGGUUACCGGCUGCCGUGUUCAUUGUCAUGGCUAUUGUCUUUGGGUUGCCUGGAAAUUGCAUCUCAUUAUACAUAUUUUUAUUUCGCAUGGAAAAGAAAUCCACCUACGUCAUCUUUGUGUCUUUCUUGGCCAUGUUCGAUGUCUUGACCUGUGCUGUGCACAUGCCCCUAGAACUCAUUGACCUCGUGUUCCCCUUUCAUAUUCCAGAGUGGUUGUGCAAAUGUUUUCGAUUCAAUAACGGUGUGCUGUUCAUGGGGUCUCUGAUGACGUUGCUAGUGAUUGCGGUUUCGCGUUAUCGUCAUAUCGUCCAUCCUCUCAAAGAGAAAAUGUCCAUAACCACAGCAAAACGAUGUUGCGGGACAGUUUUCGUAUUUUCCAUUUUCAGCGCGGUCCCAGCUUUAGUUUUCAAUGGGAACUAUGCAGUUUCUAUCGGAAACUCAACAGCGACAAUAUGCUAUAUUUCAGACGAGGCACUGACAACGAUUUUCCCGGCUCUCUAUCUUGGUUUCUACUGGUUAGUUUACUGUGCAUCUGUAAUCAUUUUAAGCAUGACUUACCUGGUCAUCGAACAAACAUAUCCUUCAGCCGAACAUGCUUUCCAACACAUCAAAUCCUUACGUUCUGGUGAUCUUAACCGUGCAGAAGCCGUAAGUAAAGCUGAAACCGCCUUAGAUGCCAAACGUGUAGGAGGUCAGGUCCUGGAAUCUGAUGCUUGGAUUACAUCUAAAGACUCCGUUAUGCGGGAAAUACUGGAAUCUAAACUACAGCAUUGUUCACAAUUCAGAAGUGCUUUAAAAAAAAUCAGAAAAUCCGAUAUUCUGGUGGAAUCGACGUGGGAUACUUAUUGGGGUAGCGGGCUGAACGUGACCGGAACAUCUCAUACUCUAAUGCAACAUUGGCCAGGUGAAAAUAAGCUUGGACGUAUCCUCGACGGCAUGGCAGCCAAAUUGCAGCGUACGGACGAAAAUUCAGCUACCAACAAUUCCUCUAGAUCAACAAGAAACAAGCAGGGCAAAAAACAGAGUUAA